AUGGAAACUCUUAAGAAAUCUAUGGCAUGUAUUCAAAAAGAUAAUAAUGAGAAUGAAGAACCUUCAUGCUUUGGUUGUGAAACUUGUCACAUUUGGAAAAAAGAGGUAAAUACUCUUCAAGCUAAAUUGGACAAGGCAUUACAACCAAAGAUUACACUUGCUAUUGAUCCAUCAAAUUUGAAACGGUCUUUGAACCUUUCAUAUAAAAAGGGAGUUGAACUACUUCCCUGGUCUUCAAAUCAAGCAACUCAACAAAGGGACAUUCAUGUGUCAAAGAAAACAUUGCAAGGAAUUGCUAAUGAAAUUUGGUAUGAAGAUGCAAAAUUGAUUGACACUCCAAUUCCCAUAAAUGGAAACUUGGAAAAAGAUGAAAAUGGUAAGGAUUUUGAUGUCAAGAAGUAUAGAGGUAUGAUUGGAUCUCUUCUAUAUCUUACUACAUCUAGGUCAGACAUUAUGUUUAGCGUGUGUAUAUGCGCUCGUUAUCAAUCAUCUCCUAAGGAAUCACAUUUAAAAGCCGUAAAACACAUCCUUAGAUACCUUCAUGGUACAUCUAAGUAUGGGAUUUGGUAUUCCAAGGGAAGUGAUUAUAGUUUGGUUGGUUAUGCCGAUUCUGGUUUUGCAGGUUGCAAGUCGGAUAGGAAAAGUACUAGUUGA